AUGGCGUAUGUUGUGAACUACGAAUUUGAUGAACACAACAUCAUUAUCUUACAUAUAAGCAAUUAUGGUACAAAUGUCUUUUUCCUUUCAGUUAUUCAGAGAGCAGGAAUUCUGAUCACAGAAAGAAAAAGAGCUGAUUUUUCCACAAAAGACAUUUGUCAGGACCUGAACCGGUUAUUGAAAAGCAAAAAGGGAGAACAGAUGAAUAGUUCUGUCUUGCCAGAAAUGGAGAAUCAGGUUGCAGUUUCAUCUUUGUCUGCAGUAAUCAAGUUUUUAGAGCUUUUAUCUGAUGAUUCAAAUUUUGGACAGUUUGAACUGACUACUUUUGACUUCAGCCAGUAUAUGAAAUUGGAUAUUGCAGCAGUUAGAGCCCUUAACCUUUUCCAGGGUUCUGUUGAGGAUACAACUGGCUCUCAGUCUCUGGCUGCAUUGCUGAAUAAAUGCAAAACCCCGCAAGGGCAAAGACUAGUUAACCAGUGGAUUAAGCAGCCUCUCAUGGAUAAGAACAGAAUAGAAGAGAGAUUAGAUUUAGUGGAAGCUUUUGUAGAAGAUGCAGAGUUAAGGCAGAGUUUACAAGAAGAUUUGCUUCGUCGAUUCCCAGAUCUUAACAGACUUGCCAAGAAAUUUCAAAGACAAGCAGCAACCUUACAAGAUUGUUACCGACUUUAUCAGGGGAUAAAUCAACUCCCUAAUGUUAUACAGGCUCUGGAAAAACAUGAAGGAAGACACCAGGUGUUGUUGUUGGCAGUUUUUGUGACUCCAUUUAUUGAGCUUCGUUCUGAUUUCUCCAAAUUUCAGGAAAUGAUAGAGACAACUUUAGAUAUGGACCAGGUUGAGAACCAUGAAUUUCUUGUAAAACCUUCAUUUGAUCCUAAUCUGACUGAAUUAAGAGACGUAAUGAAUGACUUAGAAAAGAAGAUGCAGUCCACAUUAAUACGUGCAGCCAGAGAUCUGGGAUUGGACCCUGGCAAACAGAUUAAAUUGGAUUCCAAUGCACAGUUUGGAUAUUAUUUUCGUGUAACCUGCAAGGAAGAAAAAGUCCUUCGUAACAAUAAAAACUUUACUACAGUAGAUAUCCAGAAGAAUGGUGUUAAAUUUACCAACAGUGAACUGUCUUCUUUAAAUGAAGAAUAUACUAAAAGUAAAACAGAGUAUGAAGAGGCCCAGAAUGCCAUUGUAAAAGAAAUUGUCAAUAUUUCUUCAGGUUAUAUAGAACCAAUGCAGACACUCAAUGAUGUGCUAGCUCAGUUAGACGCUGUUGUCAGCUUUGCUCAUGUUUCAAACGGAGCACCUGUUCCCUAUGUUCGACCAGAUAUUUUGGAGAAAGGAGAAGGAAGAAUUGUAUUGAAAGCAUCCAGACAUGCUUGUGUUGAAGUUCAAGAUGAAGUUGCAUUUAUUCCUAAUGAUGUACGCUUUGAUAAGGAAAAACAGACGUUCCACAUCAUUACUGGACCCAAUAUGGGAGGUAAAUCAACAUAUAUCCGCCAAACCGGGGUAAUAGUACUCAUGGCCCAAAUUGGGUGUUUCGUGCCAUGUGAAUCAGCAAAAAUAUCCAUUGUAGAUUGCAUCUUGGCUCGAGUUGGGGCUGGUGACAGUCAGUUGAAAGGAGUCUCCACGUUUAUGGCUGAAAUGCUAGAAACGGCUUCUAUCCUCAGGUCUGCAACCAAAGAUUCUUUAAUUAUCAUAGAUGAAUUGGGAAGAGGAACCUCUACUUAUGAUGGGUUUGGCUUGGCCUGGGCUAUAUCAGAGUACAUUGCAACAAAGAUUGGUGCUUUUUGCAUGUUUGCAACCCAUUUUCAUGAACUUACUGCACUGGCCAGUCAGAUACCAACUGUGAAUAAUCUACAUGUGACAGCAUUAACCACUGAAGAGAAUUUAACAAUGCUUUAUCAGGUCAAGAAAGGUGAGUGUAUAGCACUACAAGGUGAAAAAAUUAUCCAGGAGUUUCUAUCCAAGGUGAAACAAGUACCCUUUACUGAAAUGUCAGAAGAAAACAUCACAAUAAAGCUAAAACAGCUGAAAGCUGAGUUGAUAGCCAAGAAUAAUAGCUUUGUAAAUGAACUCAUUUCACGAAUAAAGCUUACUACGUGAGAAAACCCUGCCAGAGGAGUGAGGAUGGUAUGAAUAGCCUGUCUGCAGUGCUUUUGUAUUUUCUACUGACGCCUUUUCCAUAAUGUUCACUGUCAACGCCUCGGGAUGUCACCUUAAUAGAAUAUUUAGUAAUAUUUUGUCUGAGUCCAAUUUCAAAAAAUCUUUAUUUUGAGAAUUGAGAACUAUUGCCUAAGUGGAUGUGGGCAAUAGUAAGCAAUAUGCUGAAUUUUAUAAAUAAAACCAUGUGCUAAUGGAA